ACAUGGCAGCCUCUUAUGGUCCAGAGCCAAGCCUGUCCCAAGUGGUUUUGUUGUUACUGGGUGAGAAACAAAGUGGGAAGAGCUCAGCAGGAAACACCAUUCUGGGAAAACAAGUAUUUGACAAAAAAACUACUCGCAGCUACAAAGAGAAUGGCACCACCUUUGGGAUACAAGUGACAGUGGUGGACACCCCAGGGUGGAUGUCCUACGCCACCACUCCAGACACAGUAUCCCGGGAGCUGUGUAGAGGUCUGACCCUCUGCCACCCAGAGCCCCAUGCCAUCCUGCUAGUGCUGUCCACAACCUCCACCUUCAGCCUACGGAAUUGGAAGGCCAUGGAGGUCCACCUCAGACUGCUCCAAACCCCCAUCUGGCAGCGAGCCAUGGUCCUCUUCACCCAUGGAGACAAAUUAGGACACCUGCCUAUACAAGAACACAUAAGGCGACAGGGUCGGACUCUUCAUUGGCUGCUGGAGCGAUGUGGCAACAGGUACCAGGUUAUUAGCAGCCAGUCCGGGGCCUCUGAAGCUCAGGUCACAGAGCUCUUUGAAAAGAUCCAGAAGAUGAUGGAGACUAACAAGCGUGCCAAGUACAUCCAGGACCGGAUGUACACCCAGGUGAGACGAGAUGUGAGCAUGAAGGAGAUCAGGAGUUUGCAAGGAAGACAAGAAGAAAUAGAAAUGACAGUGAUGCAUAAUGUGCAUGAUGGGGGGAUGGGACAAAGGAAGCAGAUGGCCCCGAGAUGGCUUUAUAUGCCCAAAGGAUUCCCAGCCGGGCCGGUUGGUUUUAAGCCUGCUCUUGGUCUCAUUCUGCUGGGAAGGAGGAAGUCAGGGAAGAGCUCAGCCGGAAACAUGAUCUUGGACAGUGAAGAGUUUCAGAUUGACAAAAAGACCACGACGUGCUCUGUAAGCCACGGGGAAGUAUCAGGGCAGUCUGUCACAGUGGUGGACACCCCCGGGUGGAGUCUGUUUGGUCUGGCCAAUGCCAAGCAGGUCAGGACGGAGAUCAGUCGGAGCCCCGCCCUCUGCCCUGUGAGGAGCAAAGUGUCAUUCUUGCUGGUUGUACCGGUGGGCUCGUUCAGAGAGAAAGACAGGAGAGCUGUGGAGAUGUACCUCGGCAUUUUAGGGAAUGAUGUAUGGAGAACAACUGUGGUGUUGUUCACCUAUGGAGAGGAGCUGAGAGGAAGAACAGUGGAGAAACACAUCGAGCAGACCGGAGAGCCUCUACAGUGGCUGCUGGACAGAUGUGGCCACCGGCAUCAUGUGUUAGAUACAAAUCCAGGAGACAAGACUCAAGUCAAUCAGCUGCUGGAGAUGGUGGAGCAACUAUAGGAAGUAAAUGGUAAAAAAACUAAUUACUAAAAAAACUAACUAA